AUGUCUCGUCAAUAUUCAAAUCGUCCAUUAAUUCCAUCUCGUCGUCGUUUAUCCCAUCAGAUGUGUGACUUUGUUACUUAUCCAGCUUCCCAGACUGAUGAUACACCAGCAGAUGGUUCAUCUUGGCCAAUAAUCGAUCCAUUAUCUUGUGCACAUCAACCACCUACAUCUUCUGAGCCUUCGUCUAUUUUAACACAAAAUAAUCUUCCCUAUUUUCAAUAUCCAUCUCAUGAGCAUACACUUGAAUCUCCAUUAGUUUUACCUAAUCAAGAAGUCAUUAAUAAUAAUAAUAACCGUAUUAUUCAUCAUUCAAACGAAUCACUUCCAGCAUAUAAUUUUCAUUAUUCUCAAUCAAAUGAGCGAGAACAAACAAGACCUUCAUUACCGUUAAGUCUUAUUACGGCUGCAGCAACAACAGCAACUGCUUCUGCUCCACAUCAUCGGCAUUAUCGUUUAGAAAAUCCAUCUGCUGCUGCAUUCACACGGCAUCCACCAUGGUUUGAUGAUGGGUCAGAAGAUGAUAGUGCCACAAUACAACGCUCAACUCGUAAUAACAAUCAAACAAAACGACAACGAUCGUCUGCUGCUAGUACGCCUACAUCUCAAUCUUCACAAACAUAUCAUCAUCAUGAAAGAAAACGUUCGAGACAUGAAGAAAUCAAUGAUGAUAGUGCACGAACAAAUUACACUUUGCAAGAGAAUGUAUCACAACAACCACAGAGUCGAUCGUCAGACCAUCAUUUUCAACCGUAUUCAAAUUAUCGGCAUGUACAACCGCAACCAAAUCCUUUGCCUCGUACAUCAUACAACGAUAGUGUCCCUUCUAUUUCUCGGCCAUUCGAACCACGUCCACAAACAGUUCAACGAAAUCGAAUUGAUCAUCCGUAUGAAAUAAAUAAUAGCAAUGUUCUUUAUGGACCACAUCUUCCUCAUACCGUACAACCCUCACUACUUGCACCAUCUCGUACUAUUUAUCAUUCUUCUGUUCAUCGGCCAUUAUUACUUGAAACACCACCUGUCGCUUUACCGCGUCGUCAACCAAUUCCAGUACCUCGUUCUUCUUAUACACAGCAACAAAAUCAUCAUCAACGAACUGGAAUAACAAUCGAGUCAGUACCACAACGUGCGCCUCAGUUUCAUCGAACUUCGAUGCCUGCGCAUCAUUUGCAUCAACGACAUUCGAAUUCUUUUCUUACUGAUUUACUUCAUCAUGUUAUUGAUGCGCAUGCUGCGUCAUAUAGUGAUAAUCAUGUGCAUUAUCAUCAUCAUCACCACCAUCAUCCGCCGACGGCAUCAAUCGACUUAAUUGCUUAUGCAUGGAUGUCUCCCGGCCAUGAUAUUUUCUCAUUACCAGCUGCAUUUAGCAUUCAAUUCGGUGAUUUCUUUGAUCUGACUAUACCCGACGAGACACCUGUAGUCGGCUUAACAGAUAGUGAACUGGAACGAUUACCUACAAUGAUUUUUACAAAAUCUUGUACAACUAUUCAAGAUGAUGAUAAAUGUGCCGUAUGUUUGAGUGAAUAUAUAGGUGGUGAAAAACUUAAACACUUACGAUGCAAACACUUCUUUCAUAGUGAAUGCAUUGAUCCAUGGCUUAAAACAUCAACUCGGUGUCCUAUCUGUCGAGGUGAACAGACAAGUUGA